CAGCAAGUGGAAGAGGAGCAGCUGCAGCUACACAGAGCUGAACAUGAAGUUUCUUCUUCGUCUCUCACUCCUGCUUCUUCUGGCUGCAGUUCUGGCGCAAGGAAUGCCAACAUCCAGCAGAGGACGCUGUCUUUGUAUAACAGCUGGUGCACCUUCAAUCCACCCAAAACAUAUUGCAAAGGUUGAAAUAUAUGGGCAAAGCAGCAGUUGUCAGAAAAUCGAAGUGAUUGUCACACUGAAAGAGAGCAAGCAAAGAAAAUGUCUGAACAGCAAAUCCAAGCAAGCAUCACGCCUGAUACAGAAAUUCUUGAAGAGAAGUAACUAAUAGCAGCGACCCGAAAGGAAGACUGUGCAAAACUACUAGUGGACAUAACUGCUCACGCCAUUUACCUGCUCACAACGAGGCGAGCACCCGGCCAGCCUGACUCGUCCCUGGAGUGCUUCUAGCCAUGCAAGUACAUCACAAUGUGUGAUCAGCCCCACAGCAGAUAAAAUAUUUGCAACUAUUUUCCUGUGCGUCAACAUCUGUCGUCAUUCUUCACACUGGUUAUUUCAUCUGCUAUUGUUUAGCCUUGUCAGGACUUUUGUCAUCAGGGACUUGACCUUAGCUAGAGCAGAUUUGCUAAAACAUUACAAAAAGUAGAUCCUCUCUGAUAUGCUUAACUAUGCAUUUACCUUAGAGACACUGUAGAACUCUAUCCCAAAGAAACCCAGUUGAGUCUUCUGGGUUAAUCAUUCAUAUUCUAUGAA